GGUUGAAAGAAACCAGCAAGAAAACUAAAACCAAUGAGGAGAUAGCAAGAUUGUUGAGAGAAGAAGAUGAGAAAAUUGCAGUCUCCUAACCUCAAAGAACUAUCCCAGGGAUGCCUGCAAGGCUGCUGUAAAUCAUCUUCUUUCACCGUGUCACAGCCCCAGAACAAAGUCUCCAAACCCAGAACUUCUGCGGCUUGCCGCCGAGAUUUUGCGGCAACAACUACCUCCUAUAUUUUCCCAAAUACCCAGUUCGCCAACCAUGAGUCUCUUCCAUCUCUUCAAGAAUCAUUCAAUGAAUUCUCUAAAGCUUAUCCCCAAUACUCUGAGACCUCCGUCGUUGACCAAAUAAGAGCUCAAGAAUACUACCAUCUAUCAUUCUCCCACCAUACCUGUCUUGAUUACAUUGGUAUCGGCCUUUUCUCCUAUUCCCAGCUAGAGAAAUAUGACUCCUCAACGCACCAAAUCGCCUCAUCUUCUUCUCGCCUGCCAACCCCAUCUCCUCCCAGAAUAUUAGACACCCCCUUCUUCGGUGUCUCAUACAAGAUAGGAAAUUUAAAGACACAGUUACUUCAUGGUGGCCAAGGAUCACCUCUGGAAUCUGCAAUUAAAAAAAGAAUCAUGGAUUUUCUCAAUAUCUCUGAAAAUGAUUACUGCAUGGUCUUCACUGCAAACAAGACGUCAGCUUUCAAACUUCUUGCAGAGUCUUACCCCUUCCAGUCUAAUCGGAAGCUUCUGACAGUGUAUGAUUAUAAGAGUGAGGCCGUGGAAGCUAUGAUUAAUAGCUCUGAGAAGAAAGGGGCCCAAGUAAUGUCGGCAGAGUUCUCAUGGCCACGGCUGAGGAUUCAUUCAGGAAAUCUGAGAAAGAUGAUCGAGAGGAAAAGGAAGAAGAAGAAGAAGAAAAGGGGACUUUUUGUCUUCCCCCCUCAUUCUAGAACCACAGGAGCUAGAUAUCCUUAUCUAUGGAUGAGCAUAGCACAGGAGAAUGGCUGGCAUGUCUUACUAGAUGCCUGUGCAUUGGGACCAAAAGACAUGGAUAGCUUUGGCCUCUCCCUCUAUCGCCCAGACUUCCUUGUUUGCUCGUUCUACAAGGUGUUCGGGGAGAGCCCAUCUGGAUUUGGCUGCCUUUUUGUCAAGAAAUCCACUGUUUCAGUUCUGGAAGCUUCCACAAGUUCAGGGAUGGUAAAUCUUGUCCCAUCAAAGAAUCUGCUUCAGUUAAUUGAUGAAUCUUCUGGAACUGACACGGAACUUGACCCGGCGCCCAAAUAUAAAUUACAAGAAGAAGAGUUAGCAAUGUCAUCACAGCCUGGAAAACCGGCAGAAGAGGAAAUUUUUGAGACUCAAAAAGCAGAAACUACAUUGAAAGGAUCAGAAACUCCUGAAACUUCAGAACCAAGGAAACCUGCAGAUUUGGUUGAACUGGGAAAUGCCAAAAGCAAAGGAAAUGGGAGCAUAGAGAUUGAGUGCAGAGGAUUGGAUCAGGUGGAUUCAUUGGGAUUGAUCGUGAUUAGCAACAGAGCGAGGUGCCUAAUCAAUUGGUUGGUAAGUGCUUUAAUGAAGCUUCAGCUUCCCAACACAGAAGGGAUCCCGCUAAUUAGAAUAUAUGGUCCCAAGAUUAAAUUUGACAGGGGACCUGCAUUGGCAUUCAACGUGUUUGAUUGGAAAGGAGAAAAAGUAGAUCCUGUUCUUGUACAGAAGCUUGCUGAUCGAAGCAACAUUUCUCUUGGCUAUGGUUUAUUACAUCAUAUAUGGUUUGCAGAUAAAUAUCAAGAAGAGAAGGAUAAAGUCCUUGAGAAAGGAGCUAGUGAAACAAAGGGUAAAUCAGGACACAAAAGGAAGGAGAAAAUUGAGCCAGGAGUAACUGUAGUUACAGCUGCACUGGGAUUCCUGGCCAACUUUGAAGACACCUACAGACUUUGGGCUUUUGUUGCUCAGUUUCUGGAUGCAGAUUUUGUGGAGAAGGAGCGCUGGAGAUACACAGCUCUUAAUCAAAAAACAAUUGAAGUAUAAAUAUGAAACAAUUCAUUUAUUCUUUAUGAAAUUCAGAAGAAACUUCAAACGCAUGGAGUCAAUUAGAAUCAAGAUUCUGUAGAUCCAAAAUGUCAACCACCAGAGAAGCAGAGAAGUGCCAUAAUCCUGCUCGGGGCUUUGCAGUCAGUUCAUAAUCUUAAAAUAUACUCUCCACAUUUAUUUAUGUUCUUGGAUCGGCAUUUCAGCAGCCAGAAAGUCUAGGCUCAUUAGACUUUUUAAGGCAUAUGAUCACACUGUCUUAUAAGACUACCAAUUUCCUACAUAAUGAUGAUGCUAGUUGCUCGUUUUUCACCAUUAA